GGAAGCGAAGUUUUCUUUGGGGGAGAAAAACCCCGCAACCAAGAUCGCAAUCAUGGACCGAGGAAAGAAGAAGAAGGAGGAGGAGGAGGAGGAGGAGACGCCGAAACGAGACGGAGGAGACCCCUUCGAAUUCUGCGACGUCUGCAGGCUCAACCACGACCAAGACCAAGGCCGCCGCCACCGCUACUUCCCCUCUCACGUGCGCUCCCUCUCCUCUCUCCUCUCCCGCUCCCAGCAAAAGAUCGCCGACCUUAGAUCCUCCCUCCGAAACCCUAGCGCCCCGAGCCCUAGGGACCGGUUCUGGUGCGUUUUCUGCUCCGUAGACGUACGGGAGCCCGGCGACUCCGUCCCCUGUUGUAAUGCGAUCAAUCAUCUCGCGAGCUCGGAGCAUCUGAGGAAUUUAAAAGGUUUCUUGAGGAAGCAUGGGGGUGGCGUGGAUCGAAUCGAUUCGUUUAGGGUUUCUGAUGAAGAGCUCGCCGAGUGGGAGAAGGCUUGUAAGUCACUGAAGAGUGCGGCAUCUACCUCGGGCCAAGGAACUAUUGGACCCUUCUCUGUGCCGUUAAAAGAUAUCCAACAUGAACAUACCUCUAACAAUAUGAAUAGUUUUGAUAAACAUUCUAUCACAUCUUCCAAUUCAAAUGCUUAUCAUCCUGUUAUGCCUUUACAAACUCUUACUAAUGAGAGUCAUAGACUGUAUCCUCAAGAUCUUAGUGGAGCCACGGGAGCUGGCUCAGUUCCCUACGAGACAGCUGCUUUCAGUGGACUUGCAGGGAAAUACUGGGUCUGCAAGAUGUGCAUGGAAUGCCGAAUACCACGCAGUUUAACAGGUAAACAACCUAUGCAGCUUGUCAACAAUGUCAAAAUCUUAGGUGGAUACUCUCUAAUUAAUAGAACGGAGGAUCAAACUGCUCCAGGAGGAAGCUGCAAUGGGGCCUUGCAGAAAGUAACUCAAAUUUCUUGUGCUGCUAAAGGCUCUCAACAAAAUGUUCAUUCAGGGGCGCUGCCUCCCUGGUUGGAUGCAAAUGAAGAAAAGGACAUUGGUCAACUAAAUACAGGUCAAUACCUGAAUAAUCUAACUCAGACAGGGAAGUUAAAGAAGUUGAACCCUAAACGUGUUGGAGCAGCAUGGGCAGAGAGGAGAAGAAUUGAGCUUGAGAUGGAGAAGAGAGGAGAGAGACUUUUAAACACUUUUGAUGCUAAUUGGCUGCCAAAUUUUGGUAGAGUUUGGCAAGCUGGCACUCGAAAGGAAUCUAAAAGAGAAUUUGAGACGGAGAAGCGAAAAUCCAUUGUGGAUGAUAAUCAACCUGAGUUACCAUUCAAAGCACAACCAUAUAUUAGCAAACGAGCACGAACAGGUUCUCCUAACAGACAGAAUGCUGACAGUGGCUGUGUUGAUGAUAUUGCCAAUAAUGUAUAGCAUUUGGAAGCAAAUUAUCCCAUUGCAUGUCGAAAAAUGAGUUCUGAAGAUAAAGGGGGACCGUAUCAGUUAGUUUAAUAAAGCAUCACAAAUUUUUGUGGAGUGCACUAUUCUGCAUGCUUCUAUAUUUGGACACUGCGUGUCACAAUUUCUUGCAAACGACCUUGUUCAAAACUUUGAUUAGCUUGUCACAAUUUUGCAGAAACAAGGUGAUUCUGACAUCAAAGCCUUUUCUUUUGUUGAUAUUUCGUGCAAUGUGUAAAUGAUUCUAAGCGUGCAAAAAUGAAGUUAAGUAUGUAAGCAGGGCUGGGUGAUAGUUUCCACUCUUUUUGGUAUUUUUACCAUUGUAUAGAGAAAAAUGAUGGUUUCGACGCAGGGGUUGGUUUUGUUUUCGACGACUGUUGCCAAAAUAUGGUAAAAGGAAUUCUUCAGCGAAGUUCAUGAAUUUUAUUAUAGUAAAUAUGGAUUCGAGAA